UUCCUCACUCACUUCUUCAAACCUUUCAACGCUUCCAAAAACCGAUCAAAUUCUUCUCCAAAUUCAACAUGUCAACCCUCACCGCCGAGCAAGAAUUCUCCGUCAUCGUCGCCACCCUCACCAACGUCAUCGCCGGCUCCACCUCCACCGUCACCGCCGCCUUUCCAGACCACCAAACCACCACCUUUGACCGGAUAGUCCCUCCACCUGCCUCCAUGGAAACUUGCAAGGAAUGCAACAUUGCAGGAUGCUUGGGAUGCAAAUUCUUCCCGGAAGAAGAGAGCAAUAACAACAACAACAACAACAACAACAACAGCAACAGUAACAGUAACAGCAACAAGAAGAAGCAGCAGAAGAGGGCAAAGAAGAAAUACAGGGGAGUGAGGCAGAGACCUUGGGGGAAAUGGGCUGCUGAGAUUCGCGACCCGAGGCGCGCGGCCCGGGUCUGGCUGGGGACGUUCAACAAUGCAGAGGAUGCCGCCCGGGCUUACGAUAAGGCGGCGAUCGAGUUCCGCGGGCCGCGGGCUAAGCUUAAUUUUCCAAUGGUCGAUGAGUCGCUCAUGAGCUUGCAGCAGCACGCGGCGGAGGCAGAAGUGGUUAAUGCGCCGCCACCGCCUUCGGCUGGGAAUGUGAUCAACCAGGGAAUGGAAUUGGAAGGAGUUGAUGGUGAUCAAUUUUGGGAUAGGAUUGGGGAUGCGGAUUUUCAACAGCUGAUGAUGAUGAUGGAUUUUUCUAGAGAUUCCUCUGACUCUGUUACUGGGAACACUCUUAGUAACAGUUCCUGAUUGUUCUAUAGCAAAAAAAAAAAAUUAGUUAGUUUUGGUGGUAAUGUGUGGUUUUAGGUGUAGCACAACUUGUUAAGUGUGUUGAUUAGCUUCGUUGGAUUUCUAUUUUCUCUUCUUCGGCUAAGAUUUUUUCAGGGAGGAAUUUGCAAGCUUAGAAAUCACGAUCCAGUUCACAAUGUUUGAAUUUUGCAGAAGAAUCUGCUUGUAUAAAAAUUGUAUCUAUGUUUGUUGCUUUA